AUGGAGAUGGCCGAGGACUGGGGCGAAGAAAGACGAGCUCAGCCCCGCAGUUCAGUCGAAAGGAUCGAGCCAAGUCGUGGAUGCACCAAGGAGUCAGUUGCAGCAGAGGCCGCUUUUCGAGAGCUCCAAGAGCUCGAACGAGAAAAAGAAGAGCAGCGGUGCCCUUCCUUGAGGCACGUGGACCUUCGCGAGGAAGCUGACGCCGCACCCCUCGACGAGUCGACCUCCUUACGGCCCCGGGUGCUGCGGGAAGCACGCUCCAGGCUACUGCAGAGGAAGACCUCCAAGGAACUGCUCGACGAGGAGGACGGAAGCCGGAAGGAUUUCAGUGGAGAAGAGGAAUCCUGCUUUUCACCACUCAGCUGCCUGCUGGAGGAUCUUCAUACGAUCCUGGGGCUCUUGAAGGAGAUCGAUGGGAAUGUUGGUUUGGGGAGUGGUUUUUCGAAACCCAACGAGCAGGGGCAGACCAUGGGACGUUGCCAACGACCCAAUCUCCGGCCGGUACCAACGAGUUGGUACCAUGACUGCGAGGAGCAAGGAAGUGUCACUCGGGCCCCCGACCACUCAGAGGUGGAGGUCAUCGACUACAACGGCUUCUACAAAGUACGGCAGGAGCUCCUGAAACGCGGGGAGCGCUUCAAGCAGUACUUCGAGCCUUCGCACUUCCUGAAGUUCCCACGAGAUCCUGCUGGCCGCAUCGCCAUUGUGCCCUUCUUUACCUUCGUCGUACGAAGGGUGCCCUUCGUCUCGGACGAUCGAUGCCGCAGCCCGGAGCCCGUGAAUUUAAGCCAGACGCGGGUACAGCUCAGCUACUACGACGCGCUCGGCUGUGGAUACCUUAGGGAGAAGGACCCACCGCGGAUUGUCGCGGACAUCGAAUGUUGGUGCGAUUCUUUGUUGGCUAUUUUCGAGCCUCGAUUGGUCUGGCUGCCAGAGCACGGGCAGACGGACUAUGGUCAGUUCCAGAAGCGAGGGGACUCAGAGCAUGCGCUCAUCUUGAGUCGGGUUCCUGGAAUCGACCCCAAGCGGACGGGGCGGGUGCGAAUCCGGGACUUGCUCUCCUCGCCGAUCCUACCAGAGUUGUACGAGCUCCGACAGGAACACCCCCUGGGGGAUGCCGAGCACAACUGGUUCAGCAUGCAGUCAGCUCUCAAGGCGCAAGCGAAUGGCAUGCUCAGCCGGAACGAGUUGGCGCGGUUCGGGAGUGGGAUGCUCACCGACGUGUUCAUUGACAGGGUCUUUGAGGAGUACCAGACCUAUCGCGACGCCGAGACGGGCGAGCGAGAGAUGGACAGACACGGCACCAUACCUUUGCUUCGGCACAGAAUCCAGGACUACAAGACCUUCUUGGACUUCGUCCUGGCAAUGGAGAACAAAGGUACUCCUCAGGCCGUCCGGUACUUCUGGAAGCUCUUGGACAUUCACCACACCGGCUGCAUUGACGGCUUUGUCAUCAACUACUUCUUUCGAGCCAUCGUGAAGGUGCUGCGCCAGAUCAAAGGUUCGGAGAUCGCCUCCGUGGACGACGUGAAGGACGAGAUCUUCGAUAUGGUCAGGACUGGCAUCAUCACGCUGGAUGAUUUGCUCCACUGCAGCCAGGGUGGCACCGUGCUGUCCGGGCUUCCAAGUGGUUUGCCAGUACAACUGCCGUCAGCAAAGUGGAGGGAGCGGGUCCGAGUGGGUGUUUAUGCGUGGAUUUUCGAGUGGUCGAUGCUGUUUGAUGCAGCCGCCUUCUGGUUAUAUGACAACCGGGAGAGCCUGCUGAUGGAACAGGACGGAUUUCUCGUAAAGGUGCCCACAUCGAUGUCGGACGAGGUCGUCGGCCGUCAUGGCCCGGACCCACCGUUCGAUCCCGUGAUGUCCCGUGCGGCGCUGUCGUUGGAGCGGAACCGAGUCCCACCGGGGGCGCCAUCGGUGUCGAAGAUGAUGAACUCGAUUAUCCUCAUCCUCAUCGCUAGCGAAAGAUGUUUGGGUGGCUGCGGUUUUCGUUUCGAUGUGACACGGCUGCAGGCGAUCAGCCUGCCCAGCCUCUUCCCCAAUGCUCAGGGAGGCAACGUGUGGGGAGGCUUAGAGAAGCGUGCUUGGAGGACCGUGGGCUAUCCUAGUGAGACGCUUCGACGUAACGAGACAGAACAGCGGUUCGACGAUUCGACGGCGGUUCGACGCCAGAAGUCGAUCAAGCGGACACCAAGCCAACUCUUGCUGGAGAAGCAGCAGGCCGGUGUUGGGAUUUGGUGGCCAGAGUUGAUCCAAUUCUGGGAUUUGGAGUUCAGCCUGGUGCAGAGCAUGUUGGCGAAGCCCAAGUGGGGCGCCCUGGGUCGUCUGGAGCCUGUGGCCGUCGCCUGGAGCCUGAUCACCGGCUUCCAAGACCUGGCACGGUUUUCCAACCACACCACGUGCGGCGACCCGAAGACGUCCGAGUCGUCCGUGGUGCCGGUCGACCAACCGCUCUUUAGGCAGACCGUACCUGCGUACCCGGUAGCUGGUACCCAACCGGUCCCUCCGCCGGCCAGUGUCCAUCCGCCCGUCGUGGCCUUCGUGGAGUUCGAAGGGCUCCAGACCUACGAGACCAUGGUGACGUUGCGGAAUCAGGACAAUGUCGCACGGAGAGUCAAGGUUUGCCCGCCUGACAGCCCGUUCUUCGAGUGGGAGAGCUCAGUGCUGAUGGGGUUGGCGCUGUGCCACUUGAGGCUUUUGCCCGCUCGCCGGGUCGCGAAGGGCGGUACCGUCGCGUCCAGCGACGUCUCCAGGGAUAAGGCGUUGGCGUUCGGCGCGUGGAUGUCCUGCACGAUCGCUCCUGGAAUGGAAGUGUCCUACGUGGUGCGUUUCAAGCCAGAUGCGAGAAUAGACUACAGCUACGACUUGAAGGUGGUGCAGAGCUCAGAUUUGGGAAUUGCAUCCCGCAGCCUCUUGGUAGAGUGCGGUGAGGUCACUGAAAGAGAAGAGUUCAGUGUGCCGAUCCGCGCCUCGGGCGGCUCCGCCCUGCUGGACUUCCCGGACGUCGGACGCCCAGACGUCCGAGACGUCAUCGACUUCGGGGACGAGUGCAUCGUCGGCUACCAGGUGAACUGCGCGAAUUGUGAGCGGACGGUCCUGGUGCGGAACGUGGGUGACCGCGCUUCGAAGCUGCUCUGUCGGACGACAGAGCCCUUUAGCAUCGACGUGCCCGACGGGUUCCUUGAAGAAGGCGCCUCUUGUCAGGUCUCCGUGUUCUUCACGCCGUCGCGCGCAGAGCGCUAUGAAUGCGACCUACAAAUCAAGUAUGGGGAGUUAGAGGCUGUGGCCACCUUGCGGGGCCAAGCACGCAACGCCGAGGUUUCACUGUCUCACAGCUUGCUACUCAUCGAGGACACGUACGUGGGCCUGGAGUCGCAAGGCGUGGUCACCAUCCGCAACGACUCGGAUGUGCCCAUUGAUUUCAGUUGGCGGCUCUUCUCUUCGACGGUGGAGGAGGCGCAGCACAGGCUUGCUUUGCAUCGGCAGCUGAAGACGGAGGAGAUGGAUGAGCUCCUCUACAUGCAGCAAGCCAACCUCUCAGAGGAUGAGGAAAGCGAGAGCGGCUCGGAUGGCGAGCGGCGGCGCGUGCGGCGGGAGCGGAAGGUGACGAAAUUGCUGGGUCGGAAGUAUGACUCCAUUAUGAAGGCUGUGGAGGAGGACCCCAUGCUAUUUCGUGACGCGAUCUUCAAGAUCGAGCCGCUCUGUGGCCGCCUGUGGCCACAGACGCAGGUCACUUGCGCCUGCUGCUUCUUACCCAAGGAUGCGUUGGUCUAUUGUGCCACCGCCUUCCUGUCAGCGGUGGGGCAGGAGGACCGCGCGCCGCUGGUGCUGAAAGGACUGGGCAUUGGGCCGAAAGCCACCUUCUCCUAUGACGAGCUGGAUGUCGGGAAUGUCUUCGUGGAGAGUGCGCAUCGAUAUGAGGUGCAGCUCUUGAACCAGGGCGACAUCGAAUUCGACUUUCGGCUUGUGCAUCGGGAAGGCAAGUUCGCCCCGAGGUUCAAGUUCACUCCAGACCAUGGCACCAUCGCGGUGGGUGGUCAGUGUGAGAUUGUUGUGGAUUUCAAGCCAAAGGAGCUUGGACCCUUCCAUGAGGCGGUGACGCUCGCCUUCCGCGGCACCUCCGUGCGACCCAAGUUCCGCGGCCCCGAGCGAGCGCAGCACGCGGGACACCGCGGUGUGGGCCGUAAGGUCCCUGGGCCAACGGUCACAUUCGACCCUGACAGGUCGAAUCUUCGGCAGCGGCAGAAUCCUUCACCAGACACCCUCUAUACCAGCACCUUUCGCGGCCUCAUGGAAAUUGGUGAGCUUCGGGUUCCUUGCUACUAUACUCUUACAGUAAAAGGUGAUGAGGCACCUCCCAACAACGAAUUCGAGAUUAUCCCUUCGCGCGGCACUUUGCUGCCGAACUGUGCUCAGAGAAUUCAGGUGGAUUUUAUCAGUCAGACCGAGAAGAAAUACGACAUGAGGCUUUCCGUGGAUUUGGAAGGCGUGGGCAAGGAAUUGUUGUCGAUCCCCAUGUUUGCUCAAUGUGCUGUGCCUACGGUCUCCUUCGAGCCACACGGCUGCUUGAACUAUGGGGACGUCUUCAUCAGGUAUCCCUUUCAUCAAAGCCUCUACUUGCACAACACUUCUGCCACUCGGAGCAGAUGUGGCGAUUGA